AUGUUAUCCACUUCUACUACUACGACGACAACAACUACUACAAGCAAAACAGUAGAGGAACCAUCACGCAAUCAAAUCAUAGACCAAAUACCCGAGGAACUUCGCCUUAUCCACUGCAUCAACCUCAUACAGACUUCCGCCAUAUUAGAUGAUACCAUUCAGGCCUUGAGUUACUUGCGCUACAAAGCCACUGUGAACCAAGACACAGAGGCCAAGACAAAGCUAAGUAUUUUGUACAGUGAAUCAGAGCUUCCUUUGAUCUCCAAGGACCCUGUCGAAGCUGCUAUUUGGUCUCGCAGUGUGUUUGAUAAGCAGCUCUCCCAAGCUCUGCAAACCUGUGCUCCUCUAUUAACACACACAAAGGACCUCAGUUUGACACACCUUUUGAAAGCACAAGAGCAAGAUCAAGAACCCACACUGUGUUAUUUGACAGGUUUACUGUAUACAAAAGGUGUUGGAUUCGAGCAACAUUUGGAGCAAGGCAUUCAGAUGUUGGAAUACGCAGCCAACACUGGUAAAAUUGCCGAAGCUGGAUGCGAGUUGGGUAGAAUAUACGGCGAUCGAUACAGAUACUCGUUGAAUCAGCCAUCCAAAUCCAUGCAUUGGUUUCAUCGUGCGUUUGAGUGUGGAUCCACACAAGCUGUGGUUGAUUUGGCUUAUGGGUUUUUCGAGGGUAGCAAUGAGAUUCCCAAGGACGAUGCAAAGGCAUUUCGCUAUGCCAAGGAUGGCGCAUUGCUCAAUGACAAAUACUGUCAAUACAUCGUAGGCCACAUUUAUCUCAAAGGCAGAGGCGUUACGGCAGAUGCGCAGGAGGCUCUCAAAUGGCUUCAUGCUUCAGCUCAGCAAGGUUUUGCAGUGGCAUUGGAAGAAGAGGCAUCGGUCUACAUGUAUGGUCACGGAUCAGCCAAGCAGGAUUAUGAAAAGGCGUUUGAAUGCUGUUCCCAGAACGCAGCUAUGAAUAUACCCUUCUGUCAAGCACGUUUAGGCGAUAUGUAUAGACACGGGCUGGGCAAGCUAAAGCAAGAUUUCCACAAAGCCUUUGAACACUAUCAAAACGCAGCCAGUCAAUCAGACACACCAUAUCCUUAUGCUCAGCACAUGUUGGGAGAAAUGUUCUUGAAUGGUGAAGGUGUGCCUGUUGAUUUAGCUGUAGCCAAAGAAUGGUUCCAAAUUGCUUCUACUCAAGGUUACGAGCUUUCACAAACCAAGCUUCUACAAAUUGAAUCUUUAGAAAGCGAGGCUCAUUUGCAACAACAACAACAGCAGACAGCUCCGCCACCACAACAAACAGAUCAGCAAGAAAAGAGAUCGAGUCGUUGGUCAUUGAGCUUCUUUAAUAAAAAGUAA